CCCCGGGCCUGGCUGCUCCGAGCGCCGCGCCCUCCUGACCCGCCGCCGUCGCCCCGAGCCCCGCUUCCUUUGUGGAGCUGAAGUAUUGAGACCGGAGGGUCUCCUCCCUCCCCGGGAGCUGACGGUGCUGGAAGACCGACCCCGCCGCGCGCCUCGCCACAUCCCCCCCGUGGGUUUGCCCCGCGCGCCCCAUCCGUUCUCGGCCCCACGGAUGGGGUUGUUUUUUUGAGCGUCUCCCCGGGACUGUGCUCAUCUCUCGACGGAAAGGCCCUGCGCGAGGCUCUGCGCCCCGGGUCGCCCCGAUCCACCUGCCUCGCCGCCCUGCUCCCCGCGGGGAUGGCCCGCCGGUGACCGAGGCGCGCGGAAGCUGCCCUCGCAGGCUCACCCUGGACCGACCCUGCCCGGACCCCCGGCUGCCUGCGCUGCGCCCACCCGCUCCCCCCCGCUCGACCCUGUUCUCUUCCGUGUUCCGAUCUCUCUGGCAGGAGAGGGAAGAAGUCAGGACGAGAUGUGGCUGAAGCUCUUUUUCUUGCUCCUCUAUUUCUUGGUCCUGUUCGUCCUGGCCAGGUUUUUCGAGGCCAUUGUGUGGUAUGAGACUGGCAUCUUUGCUACCCAGCUCGUGGACCCGGUAGCACUGAGCUUCAAGAAGCUGAAGACCAUCCUGGAGUGCCGCGGGCUGGGCUACUCCGGGCUGCCCGAGAAGAAGGAUGUUCGCGAGCUGGUGGAAAAGUCAGGUGACUUGAUGGAAGGUGAGCUCUAUUCUGCUCUCAAAGAAGAGGAGGCAUCUGAAUCUGUUUCCAGUACCAAUUUCAGUGGUGAAAUGCACUUCUAUGAGCUUGUAGAAGAUACGAAAGAUGGAAUCUGGCUUGUUCAGGUCAUAGCAAAUGACAGAAGUCCUUUGGUGGGUAAAAUUCACUGGGAGAAAAUGGUCAAAAAGGUGUCAAGAUUUGGGAUUCGUACAGGCACUUUCAACUGUUCCAGUGAUCCCAGGUACUGCAGGCGAAGAGGCUGGGUGCGGUCCACACUCAUUAUGUCUGUCCCACAAACAAGUACAUCUAAAGGGAAAGUCAUGCUUAAGGAGUACAGUGGACGCAGGAUCGAAGUAGAACACAUUUUUAAAUGGAUAACUGCUCAUGCAGCCUCUCGGAUUAAAACUAUAUAUAAUGCUGAGCAUUUGAAAGAAGAAUGGAAUAAAAGUGAUCAGUACUGGGUAAAAAUAUACCUAUUUGCAAACCUUGACCAACCGCCAGCUUUCUUCUCUGCACUAAGUAUAAAAUUUACUGGAAGAGUUGAGUUUAUUUUUGUUAAUGUGGAAAAUUGGAACAACAAGAGUUAUAUGACAGAUAUUGGUGUAUAUAACAUGCCAUCAUACAUACUUAGAACUCCUGAAGGAAUUUACAGAUACGGAAACCACACAGGUGAAUUUAUAUCGCUUCAAGCCAUGGAUUCAUUUUUGCGCUCAUUACAACCUGAAGUAAAUGACCUGUUUGUUCUGAGCUUGGUUCUAGUUAAUCUUAUGGCCUGGAUGGACUUAUUCAUUACACAGGGAGCUACCAUCAAGCGGUUUGUGGUUCUCAUAAGCACUUUAGGGACAUAUAAUUCUCUGUUAAUUAUUUCCUGGCUCCCUGUGUUGGGCUUUUUACAGCUCCCUUACUUAGAUAGUUUUUAUGAAUAUAGUUUAAAAUUGUUACGAUAUUCCAAUACAACCACACUGGCAUCAUGGGUGAGAGCAGACUGGAUGUUUUAUUCUUCACACCCAGCCCUGUUUCUCAGUACGUACCUUGGACACGGUUUGCUAAUUGAUUACUUUGAGAAGAAGAGACGGCGCAGCAACAACAGUGAUGAAGUUAAUGCCAAUAAUUUGGAAUGGUUAUCAAGUCUGUGGGACUGGUACACCAGCUACCUCUUCCACCCGAUUGCUUCUUUUCAGAACUUUCCUGUAGAGUCUGAUUGGGAUGAAGACCCUGACUUAUUUUUGGAGCGGUUAGCUUUCCCUGACCUUUGGCUUCACCCUCUGAUACCAACUGAUUAUAUUAAAAACUUACCAAUGUGGCGAUUUAAAUGUCUUGGGGUCCAGUCUGAAGAGGAAAUGUCAGAGAGUUCUCAAGACACUGAAAAUGACUCAGACAGUGAGAACACACUGGACACUUUUAGCAGUGAGAAGGAUAGACUGGAAGACAGACAAAGCAUAGUUCACAAUUCUCCAGGAAGAGCAAGUCACUGUGAUGCUGAGGCUUGCUCAUGUGCCAAUAAAUCUUGUCAGACCAGCCCAUUUCAAAGGAGGGGGACGUCAUAUGGAUCAUACAACACUAAUGAAGACAUGGAACCUGAUUGGUUAACUUGGCCUGCUGACAUGCUGCACUGUACUGAAUGUGUUGUUUGCCUAGAGAAUUUUGAAAAUGGGUGCUUGCUAAUGGGCUUGCCUUGUGGUCAUGUGUUCCACCAGAAUUGCAUUGGGAUGUGGUUGGCUGGGGGCCGACACUGUUGCCCUGUUUGCCGGUGGCCUUCUUAUAAGAAAAAGCAGCCAUAUGCACAACACCAGCCCUCGUCAAAUGAUGUCCCAUCUUAACCAUGUGCAAUUUGUCCUUUAUAAGCCUUGAGUAUCUUACAGCUUGCCUUUUUAAUGUUAGUCACAAUGUUUUUGUGGUUUGAAAUUUAGUUUAAUGUUAGUGCAGUGACAGGAAAUACACAUUAUGCUAAUGUUGAUGACAGAUUUUAUUUGGCUGCCUUGUGUGUCAAUUGAAUGCAUACUUAAUUGUAAAAAUGUUUAUUUACAGCAUUGGCAAUUCAGAAGUUAAUGUUUUUGUAAGCACAAAAGAAGUAUGAUAGAAAUUUAUCCUAGCAAGACUUUACAAGGCAGGAUCAAAUUCUAAUGGAAUUGAGCUGGUUUCUUAUCCUAAAUGUUUUCUCCCUUUUUACAAUCUCUGUCCAGCCUCUUGGUUAAAUAAUGUAUGCUCUGAGACAUGAAAUUAAAACAGACCUAAUGAAAUAAAUUAUUUUAAAACCAGAA